GCGCAGGCGCCGGAAGAGCGUCCAGGCGGGCAUGGCGGCUGGCACUGCUGCGGGCCCCUUCCGGGGCCUGGCCGUGGCGGGCGGAGGCGAGAGUAGCGAUAGCGAGGAUGACGGCUGGGAGAUUGGGUACCUCGACCGGGCAUCCCAGAAAUUAAAAAGGCCGUUGCCUAUAGAAGAAAAGAAUGAAACGUUUAAGAAAGCAUUGACCACUGGAGAUAUUUCCUUAGUGAAGGAACUCCUAGAUUCUGGCAUUAGUGUAGAUUCCAGCUUUCGAUAUGGAUGGACUCCUUUGAUGUAUGCUGCUAGUGUUGCCAAUGUAGAGAUGGUUCGGGUCCUUUUGGACAGAGGUGCUAAUGCAAGCUUUGAUAAGGAUAAGCAGACUAUUUUGAUAACUGCAUGUUCUGCUCGUGGCUCUGAAGAACAGAUCUUGAAGUGUGUAGAGCUGCUACUUUCAAGAAAUGCUGAUCCAAAUGUAGCUUGUAGGCUUUAACAUGGGCAGCACAUCAAGGUCAUAAAAAUGUAGUUUUGAAGUUGCUUGAACUUGGAGCUAAUAAAAUGCUACAAACCAAAGAUGGAAAGACACCAAGUGAGAUUGCAAAAAGAAAUAAACAUCUUGAGAUCUUCAACUUUCUUUCGUUGACUUUAAAUCCUUUGGAAGGAAAGCUUCAACAGCUAACUAAAGAAGAGACUAUUUGUAAACUAUUAACAGCAGAUUCUGAUAAGGAAAAAGAUCACAUAUUUGGUUCAUACACAGCAUUUGGAGAUCUGGAAAUAUUUUUACAUGGUCUUGGACUGGAACAUAUGACAGACUUAUUAAAGGAAAGGGAUAUAACUUUAAGACAACUUUUGACCAUGAAAAAAGAUGAAUUUGCAAAGAAUGGAAUUACCUCUAAAGAUCAGCAGAAAAUUCUGGCUGCUGUUAAACAACUGGAGGUAGAAGAGAUAAAUUUUGGAGAGUUACCUGAAGUGGCAAAGUUGGAAAUCAGUGGUGAUGAAUUCCUCAACUUUCUUCUGAAAUUAAACAAACAGUGUGGCCAUUUAAUUACAGCUGUGCAGAAUAUCAUUACUGAGUUACCUGUAAAUUCUCAUAAGAUAGUACUAGAAUGGGCUUCUCCCCGGAAUUUUACUUCAGUUUGUGAAGAACUUGUUAGUAAUGUUGAAGAUUUGAGUGAAGAAGUCUGCAAACUAAAAGACUUAAUUCAAAAGCUGCAAAAUGAACGGGAAAAUGAUCCAACUCACAUACCAUUAAUGGAAGAAGUAUCUACAUGGAAGAGUAGAAUUUUGAAGAGGACAGCUAUUACAAUAUGUGGUUUUGGGCUGAUUCUUUUCAUUUGCAAGCUAACUUUUCAGAGAAAAUAACCCUAAUGUUUGUUUUAAAUUAUGUCUGUAUGUCUUAUUCAAACUAUCCUCAUUUGCUUUUAAUAACCAUCUGUGGUACAACAUAACUUCAUUCUUUGCCUGUACUCCAUAGGAAAAUUAUGAUAAUAUGAAGCAGAGAGUUUUUCUUUAGAAAGUGAUUUGUCAAUUUGAGUUGUAAAUAUAGUUUAUAAUUUUGUUAAUUUUGAUCAAGCAGUAAAUUACACAUAAUUCUUUAGUUUGAACAUACGACUAAAUCACAUUCAAAAUAAAAGUUUUAUCUAAUAUUCUUUAUAUUUUAAAGUGUGUUCCUUUGUCAUUGAUAGUCUUAGAGAAUUUGCAAAGAGUUCAUAAGUCAGUAGCUUUAUUUUAGUCCUUAUUU